GAGAAAAAGCUUACAGAUGAAAUUGAUCAGCUCAAAAAUGACAUGAGAGAACAAGAUGAGAUUAUCAGAGUUCGUAAAGUUGAAGUCGACAAAAAGGAAUCCCUCAUAUCUGGUUAUCGAAAUGCUUAUAAUCAGUAUAGAGUGGAUAGAGACAAGCUACAUGAUGAGCGGAAGUCCCUGUGGACACAGGAGACUAAGCUGACUACCGAAAUCGAACGGCUCAAGGCUGAAGUUGUGAAGGCAGAGAAAAGCCUAGAUCAGGCAACUCCCGGUGAUAUCAGAAGGGGUCUGAAUUCCGUUAGGAGGAUCUGCAGAGAGUACGGAAUAUCUGGAGUAUUUGGCCCAAUUUUUGAGUUGCUUGAAUGUGACGAUAAGUUUUUUACUGCUGUUGAAGUUACUGCUGGAAACAGCUUAUUCCAUGUGGUGGUUGAUAAUGAUGAAACAUCAACUAAAAUUAUUAGACACCUCAAUGCACAAAAAGGUGGACGAGUUACAUUUAUUCCAUUGAACAGGGUUAAAACUCCACAUGUUAAUUAUCCACAGGGCUCUGAUGUGAUUCCGCUUCUGAAGAAAUUGAGGUUUUCUGAUUCAUAUAGAAAGGCAUUUGAGCAGGUGUUUGCAAGAACUGUAAUUUGUCGAAAUCUGGAUGUUGCCACCAGGGUUGCUCGUACUGAUGGGCUUGACUGUAUCACUCUGGAAGGUGACCAAGUUAGUAAAAAAGGUGGCAUGACUGGUGGAUUUUAUGAUCACAGACGCUCAAAAUUAAGGUUUAUGAGCACCAUCAAACAGAAUACUGUUUCCAUCAACCUGAAGGAGCAUGAACUUGAAGAAGUUAGAAUUAAAAUUCAAGAGAUAGACCAGAAAAUUAAUGAACUUGUGGCUGAGCAGCAGAAAAAUGAUGCUGGCCUGGGUCACGACAAGUCUGAGUUGGAACAGCUUAAACAAGACAUUGGUAAUGCUGAAAGACAGAGACAAUCUAUCUUAAAAGCUCUUCAAAAGAAGGAGAAACUGCUUGGUAAUAUUGUGAGUCAAAUAGAUCAGCUCAGAGCUAGUAUAGCUACGAAACAAGAUGAAAUGGGAACAGAUCUUGUUGAUCAUUUAACACCAGAAGAGCGAGAUUCUUUGUCACGUUUGAAUCCUGAAAUCACAACUCUGAAGGAGAGGCUGAUUGCAUGCCGAGCAAAUCGGAUAGAGACUGAAACUAGAAAAGAGGAGCUUGAGAUGAAUCUGUCAACAAAUCUUGAAAGACGAAAACAAGAGUUGGUGGCAAUGAAUUCUUCUGUCGACGUUGAUAUGCUACAGAGUGAAGUUGAGAGCAAGAGUCAGGAACUUAAGGAUGCAGAUGCACUAGUUGACCAUGUGACUAAAGAGCUUACUAGGGUUUCUCGAAGUAUAGAUGAACGAAACAAGAGGCUCAAGCAGAUCAAACAGGAAAAGGAUAAUCUGAAGGCUCUUGAAGAUAAGUAUCAGAACACACUUCAGGAUGAAGCAAGAGAAUUGGAACAGCUACUAAGUAAACGGAACACCUAUCUUGCCAAGCAAGAAGAAUACUCGAAGAAAAUUCGGGAACUGGGUCCUCUAUCUUCUGAUGCCUUUGAGAUGUACAAAAGAAGGAAUAUAAAAGAAUUAUAUAAGAUGCUGCACAAGUGUAAUGAGCAGCUGCAGCAGUUCAGCCAUGUAAACAAAAAGGCACUUGAUCAAUAUGUAAAUUUCACCGAGCAAAGAGAAGAACUCCAAAGAAGGCAAGCUGAACUGGAUGCUGGGGAUGAGAAAAUCAAGGAGCUUAUAUCUGUUUUGGAUAUGAGGAAGGAUGAAUCAAUUGAGCGCACAUUCAAGGGCGUGGCUAAACAUUUCCGUGAAGUAUUCUCUCAACUUGUGCAAGGAGGUCAUGGGUUCUUAGUUAUGAUGAAGAAAAAGGAUGGUGAGGAGGAUGACAAUGAUCCUGAUGAUGAUGAGCCACGUGCUGAUGUGGAGGGAAGAGUUGAGAAAUAUAUUGGUGUGAAAGUGAAGGUGUCCUUCACCGGACAAGGAGAAACACAGUCAAUGAAACAGUUAUCAGGUGGCCAGAAAACUGUGGUAGCGCUGGCACUUAUAUUUGCCAUUCAAAGAUGUGAUCCUGCCCCAUUUUAUCUUUUUGAUGAGAUAGAUGCAGCACUAGAUCCUCAGUACAGAACAGCUGUGGGAAAUAUGGUUCGUGAUUUAGCCGACAGGGGUAGCACGCAAUUUAUCACGACGACAUUUCGCCCGGAGCUCGUGAAAGUUGCUGAUAAGAUAUAUAGUGUGAGUCACAAAAAUAGAGUUAGCAAAGUGGCUGUUGUGUCCAGGGAAGGAGCCUUAGAUUUUAUUGAGCAGGAUCAAUCUCAUAACUGAUUGAGUGGCACAGAAGGUGUUGAUGGCGGGUGAAGAAGCUCUUCUGCUAUUGUGCUACUUAUUAUUGCUGAUGCUUCGUUGUGGGAUAUGCUGAAUCGCUCGUUCUGUGGAAUACUGAUGCUAACUUUAAUGAGUAAUAUAAUUCUAACGAGUAAUGGGUGCUGAUCAUUUGUGUAAAGGUUGUUAAUGUAACGUUUACUUCAUAUAACUGCACUUAUGUUAUAUAUAAACAGAGAUAGCUUUGUUUAUUCAUAUGUUCCAUCAUAUUUGGAAAAUUGGGUUCUUAUGGUUUCGAGGAAAGCUUGAAUCACCAA